CUGCUGGUCACCCACUCAUCACUCAUCACUCACCACGGCCUGUACCCUCCUGUUGGCGUGCACAUCCCGGACAGACCGAUUAUACAUUGAAGUCUGAAGCAACAGACUUAAGGAUGAUGACCAAAAAGUCCGCUUAUUACCGAACUACAAUAAUAGGAGGGACAGGUAAUUAAAGGCAGUUGCCACGACAAAUAGAAGAGAUGCCAAAGUCACCAUUUUUUCAAGGAGCUAUAAAGCCCGUGGAGGAGUCAGCUGAUGGCACAGUGUUCGCUGCUGCACCGCUCAGAGGCCGGGUGACCCGCGAAGAAUUAUAUCAACAUGCCCCCUUUCCUGUUGCUGGAAACCGUCUGUAUUUUCCUGUUUUCCAGAGUGCCCCCAUCUCUCCCUCUCCAGGAAGUCCAUGUAAGCAGAGAAACCAUUGGGAAGAUUUCAGUUGCCAGCAAAAUGAUGUGGUGCUCCGCUGCAGUGGACAUCCUGUUUCUGUUAGAUGGGUCUAACAGCGUCGGGAAAGGGAGCUUUGAAAGGUCCAAGCACUUUGCCAUCACAGUCUGUGACGCUCUGGACAUCAGCACCGAGAGGGUCAGAGUGGGAGCGUUCCAGUUCAGUUCCACUCCUCAUCUGGAAUUCCCCUUGGAUUCAUUUUCAACCCAACAGGAAGUGAAGGCAAAAAUCAAGAGGAUGGUUUUCAAAGGAGGGCGCACGGAGACGGGACUUGCUCUGAAAUACCUUCUGAACAGAGGGUUCCCUGGAGGCAGAAAUGCCUCUGUGCCCCAGAUCCUUGUCAUUGUCACUGAUGGGAAGUCCCAGGGACAUGUGGCACUGCCAGCCAAGCAGCUGAAGGAAAAGGGUGUCACUGUGUUUGCUGUGGGGGUCAGGUUUCCCAGGUGGGAGGAGCUGCAUGCCCUGGCCAGCGAGCCGAGAGAGCAGCAUGUGCUGUUGGCUGAGCAGGUGGAGGACGCCACCAACGGCCUCUUCAGCACCCUCAGCAACUCUGCCAUCUGCUCCAGCACCACGCCAGACUGCAGGGUGGAAGCGCACCCCUGUGAGCGCAGGACGCUGGAGAUGGUCCGGGAGUUCGCCGGCAAUGCCCCGUGCUGGAGAGGAUCACGGCGGACCCCUGCGGUGCUGGCUGCACACUGUCCCUUCUACAGCUGGAAGAGAGUGUUCCUAGCCCACCCCACUACCUGCUACAGGACCACCUGCCCAGGCCCCUGUGACUCGCAGCCCUGCCAGAAUGGAGGCACGUGUGUUCCAGAGGGACUGGACGGGUACCAAUGCCUCUGCCCGCUGGCCUUUGGAGGGGAGGCUAACUGUGCCCCGAAGCUGAGCCUGGAAUGCAGGGUCGACCUUCUCUUCCUGCUGGACAGCUCUGCGGGCACCACUCUGGACGGCUUCCUGCGGGCCAAAGCCUUCGUGAAGCAGUUUGUGCAGGCCGUGCUGAGUGAGGACUCUCGGGCCCGAGUGGGUGUGGCCACGUACAGCAGGGAGCUGCUGGUGGUGGUGCCUGUUGGAGAGUACCAGGAUGUGCCUGACCUGGUCAGGAGCCUUGAUGGCAUUCCCUUCCGUGGUGGCCCCACCCUGAUGGGCAGUGCCUUGCGGCAGGCAGCAGACCGUGGCUUUGGGAGCGCCACCAGGACAGGGCAGGACCGGCCACGCAGAGUGGUGGUUUUGCUCACUGAGUCACGCUCCGAGGAUGAGGUCGCGGGCCCAGCGCGAUACGCAAGGGCGCGAGAGCUGCUCCUGCUGGGUGUAGGCAGUGAGGCCGUGCAGGCAGAGCUGGAGGAGAUCAUGGGCAGCCCAAAGCAUGUGAUGGUCUACUCGGACCCUCAGGAUCUGCUCAACCAAAUCCCUGAGCUGCAGGGGAAGCUGUGCAGCCGGCAGCGGCCAGGGUGCCGGACACAAGCCCUGGACCUCGUCUUCAUGUUGGACACCUCUGCCUCAGUAGGGCCUGAGAACUUUGCUCAGAUGCAGAGCUUUGUGAGAAGCUGUGCCCUCCAGUUUGAGGUGAACCCUGACGUGACACAGGUUGGCCUGGUGGUGUAUGGCAGCCAGGUGCAGACUGCCUUUGGGCUGGACACCAAACCCACCCAGGCUGCGCUGCUGCGGGCCAUUAGCCAGGCCCCCUACCUGGGUGGGGUGGGCUCAGCUGGCACCGCCCUGCUGCACAUCUAUGACAAAGUGAUGACUGUCCAGAGGGGCGCCCGGCCUGGUGUCCCCAAAGCUGUGGUGGUGCUCACAGGCGGGAGAGGUACAGAGGACGCGGCUGUCCCUGCCCAGAAGCUGAGGAACAACGGCAUCUCUGUCUUGGUCAUGGGCGUGGGGCCUGUCCUAAGUGAGGGUCUGCGGAGGCUUGCAGGUCCCCGGGAUUCCCUGAUCCACGUGGCAGCUUACACCGACCUGCGGUACCACCAGGACAUGCUCAUUGAGUGGCUGUGUGGAGAAGCCAAGCGGCCAGUCAACCUCUGCAAACCCAGCCCAUGCGUGAAUGAGGGCAGCUGCGUCCUGCAGAACGGGAGCUACCGCUGCGAGUGCCGGGAUGGCUGGGAGGGCCCCCACUGUGAGAACCGAUUCUUGAGAGGAGACGCCCCCGAGGCACGUGGCUCCCAUGCAGGAGGGCAGCAGCCGUACCCCUCCCAGCAACUACAGAGAAGGCCUGGGCAUUGAAAUGGCGCCUGCCUUCUGGAACGUCUGUGCCCUGGGGGUCCUUACAAUGUCUGCUUCCCGCUGCGGCCAGGACCACUAUUCUCAGGGAGGGAGGAGGAUGUCCCAGCUGUAGCCAUGCUGCUUAGAGACAAGAAAGCAGCUGAUGUCACCCAGAAAUGAUGUUGAAAACUUUUGAUGUGUAAGUAAACACUGACUUUCUGUA